AUGGGCACCUUAACCAUCACUGGGGUCCAUGCUGAGGAUAAGGCUGUCUGUUACUAUGGUGGCAACAAUGGCAGCUAUAAUGGUUUGGUCCAGGCAGUGGUGACUCAGCUGCCCUCAGUGUCGAAAAACCUGGGAGAAACCGUCCAGAUCACCUGCUCUGGGGUUAACAGCUAUGCUGGCUGGUUCCAGCAGAAGGAACCUGGCACUGCCCCUGUCACUGUGAUCUACAGUAACAGCAACAGACCCUCGGGCAUCCCUCCGCGAUUCUCUGGUGCUAUGUCUGGCUCCACGGCCACCUUAACCAUCACUGGGGUCCAAGCCGAGGACGAGGCUGUCUAUUACUGUGGUGGCAACGACGGCAGCACUGAUCCCACGCCCGUGCAGGAAAACCUGAGCAUGUCUGACCCCUGGGACCCCCCUGGCCAAUGUCCCACCAUGGCCCCACAACUGCAAAGCGCUGCCCUGCACCCUGACCCCAUCCCUGUCCUGCUGCGGGACCCUGGGACAGGCUACCGCUGGGGACAAAGGUGCCAGCUCCUCCCCGUCAUGGGCUGGUGGGAUCGCGUCGUCGCCUGGGUCCCUCUCCUCCUCACAGUGCUUCCCUAUAUCUCACGUUCCCUGGUCCAGGCAGCAGUGACUCAGCCGCCCUCCGUGUCGAAAAACGUGGGAGAAACGGUCCAGAUCACCUGCUCUGGGCUUAACAGCAACAGCUAUGCUGGCUGGUACCAGCAGAAGGUUCCUGGCACUGCCCCUGUCACCGUGAUCUACAGGGACAACCAGAGACCCUCGGGCAUCCCUCCGCGAUUCUCUGGUGCUAUGUCUGGCUCCACGGCCACCUUAACCAUCACUGGGGUCCAAGCGGAGGACGAGGCUGUCUAUUACUGUGGUGGUUACGACGGCAGCACUGAUCCCACGGUGACACGGAGCAAUGGGGAAGUGAUACAAAAAAACCCCGCCAUUGCAGGGGCAAGUUCCCUGGUCCAGGCAGCGCUGACUCAGCCGCCCUCCGUGUCGAAAAACCUGGGAGAAACCGUCCAGAUCACCUGCUCUGGGCUUGACAGCAACGAAUAUGCUGGCUGGUACCAGCAGAAGGAACCUGGCACUGCCCCUGUCACCGUGAUCUACAAGGACAACCAGAGACCCUCGGGCAUCCCUCCACGAUUCUCUGGUGCUAUGUCUGGCUCCACGGCCACCUUAACCAUCACUGGGGUCCAAGCCGAGGACGAGGCUGUCUAUUACUGUGGUAGCUACGACAGCAGCAGUACUGCUGGUGUAUUCGGGGCCGGGACCAUGUUGACCGUCCUAGGCCAGCCCAAGGUCGCCCCCACCAUCCACCUCUUCCCGCCAUCCCCCGAGGAGCUCUCGACGCAGAACAAAGCCACCCUGGUGUGUCUCAUGGGAGACUUCUACCCCGGCGUCGUACAGGUGACCUGGACAGCCAAUGGCCAAACCCUCACCAGUGGCGUUGAGACCAGCCGGCCCCAGCGGCAGACCAACAAC